CGCGUUUUAUGUACCCCAGAUCAAUACAGUUCACUGCGGGAUUCGGUCAAAAAAAAAUCGGAAAAAUCAAAAAUUUUCAAACGAGAAAAUUCAUUGAAGCGAUUUGAAAAAGUUGUGGUUAGUGUUGAUUGAUUAAUUUGCGCGAGUUUGAAUAAAUAAUUAAUUACAGUCAUGUGUUGACGCGUCGGGGAGGAAGACAUGGAGGAGACUGUCAGCACGGUCCGCAACUACUUCAAGAAGAAGACGUCGCCGACGCCGGCCGACGCCGACGCCGCCAGGGCGCCGCAGAUCGGCUUCAGGGCGUCCUUCUGCGAGGCCACCAAGGAGCUGAAGGUGAAAGUCAUCGGCGCCCGGCAAUUGCCCACCGAUUACGGCAGCGUCAAGCCCAGGGGGUAUCUCGUCAAGGUUGUAUUCUACCCGAAAAGGGAGAAAUUCGAAACGAAAACGGCCAAGGAAUCGUGGCCUACGAUCAACGAGGAAUUCUCCUCCAUCUUGGACGGUUCGAAGAGAUUCGAGGACAUCGAAGGGCUGUUCGUGUCCUUCACGAUUUACGCCGUGCUGGGCAAAGAGACCGAGGAGGAGCGGCCGCCGGUGAAGCGGAAGAGCAUCUUGAAGAAGUACUUCUCGUUCAGCGACGGCGAGGAGAUCAUUUCGCUGCGCAAGAACAGCUUCAGGAGAUCGGGAACGCUCAGACGGAGCAGCUACAACGGAUGCUUGAGUAAUCGAAGGACUGUAGGAGCCGUUACUUACAAGUUAGAUAGGAAAUCUUUUACUCAAAAAUUGCGAAACAAUGUGAUAAGUACCCCUGAUAUUUGGAGAAAUGUUACUGAUAUUACCAGCGGAAUUCAAACUCAACCGAGAGACGGAAUCAAAGGUAGCGUAGAGGUAACCCUUCAAUACGGCGUCAGCGAAGACGGAACCAACGAUGUCGUCGAAGUUACAAUUACGAAAUUCCGCUGCAGCUUGCAAACUAUGCAAUUACACGAAAAAGUCGGAGGCCAGCUCUAUAUAAAAAUCACGGCGUUCGAGGACGAGGACCUGGUGCAGAAGAUGAAGAGCGACAAAUUCGAGCCCACCAUCAGCCUGAAACUGGAGCCGAGCACUUCGACGUUGAGGGCCACGGUGAACAAGAGGAACCUGAACCAAACGAAGAUCCUGAUAAGGCUGAUGGCGAGGAACCUCGUCGGCAAGAAGACCCUGCUGGGGAAGAUCGAAAUCGACAGGCACAGCGAUUUUUGGAAGGAGAUAGUCGCCUCGCCGUCGGUGAAUAUCACGAAAAUGGUGAAUUUCGAGUAGCUGUGAAGGAGAUUGUUACUUAACGAAUUUUAUACCUAUACCUAAAUCAAUUAUCGAGUUAUCUUGAUAUCUUAUGUAUUAAGUAGAUAUAUGGUAUCUAUUAACGAUAAAACGAAGGUGAUCUGCGUCGAUUUGUGAAUGUGACAAUUUAUAUAAAUGGAAUUCAAUUAAGUAAUUUCCCAAAAAUUGGUGCCAUUUAUUUAAUGAACAUUAAAGUUAAUGUUACUCGUUCGGAGGCUAUAUACGAUUAUACCUAUAACAAUUUUACGGAUCCUGUAAAUUAUUUAUUUAAAAACUGAUAAGAUAAAUGAAACAAAUAU